CCGGGGAAGACGGGGUUGGAGAAAGGCGGAGCCCAGCCCAGCAAGAUGGCGCCUCCCGCGUUGUUGCGCCGGUGUUCCAAGCUGCUGGCACCGGCCAGGAUCCUAAGUGGCUCUUCAGCAAGAUCAAAGUUCUACGUUCGGGAGCCGCCACAUGACAGACCUGACUGGCUGAAGGUUGGCCUGACCUUGGGCACCUCCGUCUUCUUGUGGAUCUAUCUCAUCAAACAAUAUAAUGAAGAUAUUUCAGAGUAUAAAAGAAGAAAUGGGUUGGAAUAAACUAUUGAAAUACUAAUAUAGUGUGCUGCAUAUAGUGAUUAUACCAGUUCCUUUGGAUUCACCAAUCUGUCGAGUUGUAAAUGUGAGAGAAAAAGUUACAUGUGAAUGAAUGUCAAGUCAGCAUUUGUGUUUUGCACCAUUAAAUGAAAAAAUAAAAAUAAUUCUGUGUUCUUCACAUUA